AUGCGCUCAUUCAUCAAAGCUCACCGCCGAGGAUCCUCAACCAACAUCAAUGGUGAAGUUCCCCUUGAGCUGAACACAAACUCAGGAACAAGCACUUCAAUAUCUGCUGAUAAUAUCCCACAAUUGCAAGCUCAACAACCAGAUGAAAAACUCCAAAAUGGCUCCAUAUCUGCAAACUCGUCUGCCCAAUCCUCUCCAAUACGGCAGUCGCCUUCAUCUCCAAUCGUCAACAAGGGUAAAAAGCUUCAUAGGCUGUUUCAAAGGAACAAGACCUCAUCACCAAAUUUAAUCAAUUUAGCAUCACCUCUAUCUCCCAAAAAAUCACCACCUCCUUCAAUCAUAGGAACAAGAAAGCAUGAAUGGGGUAAUGGGAGUAGUGAUUCCCACAAAAGUUUCAACAAGGUCUCCAGUAAUAGGCAAAGUACACAAUCUUCUCAAUCAUCAACUGCUAAUUCAUUAUAUUCACUGGAGGAUCAAAACUUUCUAUCGUCAACAUCAACUCAAAAUAAAGACGCUCUUCAAACUAAUACAAAUGAUGAUAAUGAUUUCUUGCAACUGCCCUUAAAUACUGUUUUAGAGAUCCCUAAUGAAAGUUCAUUAAGUCCUUUCAUGAGAGAAAUCCCAGAUUCUGCUGAUAUGGAUAAGAAAUCCCGUCAUAGAAGAGCACAAAUCAUCUCGGCUGAUUCAUUCAAGUUGGAAGAUCCUCCUGAAAUAAUACCUGCUCAUGAAUUACAAAAAGUGAAAGAAGUGUCGUCUCCUGAAUUGUUUAAUGAUGGAUUUGUUGAUCCUGAUGAAACUGUUGCAGAAACGAUAAGGAAUCAAAAACAAAGGAACAACAUUGUUCAAGGGGAGCAAGAUAAACAUGAUGAAUUCAGCUCUUCAUCUGAUGGUGAUAGUGAGUUUUCAUUUGAACAAGAUAAUAAAAGAGGACGUAAUGUUUCGAUAAAAUACUACAAGUCUCCAGAGGAAAGAUUCAGAGAGGAGGAAGCUAGAGUGGUUAAAGAACAAGGCUUUUAUGUCAAUGAUUUGAUUGAUGAUAAUUUUGAUGAUGAUAUGAAUUACUAUGAUGAAUAUGAUGAUGAGUUUAAUGAUGAUGAGGAAAUUUUCAAUAAGAAAUAUUUUUCCGAUGAUGAAGAUAAAGAGAUAGUACCCAAAUUUAAAACACAACCAUCGGUCAAAGAUGAUAAAAUUACACCAAAGAAUUCCAUUUCAUCAAAAUUGACAACUGCAAGCUCUAUUUUGUCCAGUAAUAAGGACAUUACUCCAUCAAAUACUUUAACCACACAUAGAAAUGGACUCAUCAAUCAAAGUAAUUCACAAAUUAAACCUAAACCAUCAUCAUUAAAAGAAGAUUUACUGAAACCAAGCAGAUCAUUAAAAUAUCAUCAAAUAUCAACAACACUGGAUCAAGAUGUUCCACAAAAUAGGUAUUCAUGGUUUAGUGAUGACGAAGAUACUCCUCAUCGGGCUGUUAAUUCUAGUUAUGAUUCAUUACUUGACGAAAUCAACAACAUCCCUGAAGAUUUUGAGUUUGGUCAUAAGGCAGAUAAUCCACAAAAUCAACAACAACCACGCUCCAAAUCAAUGAAUAGUAGUAUCAAAAGAUCAAAAGGUGUAUUUGAAGAUAAUCCUCAAAAUACAAAAUUUGAAAGUAAUAACAAAACUGUCACACUUUUCAAUCGCCCUUCAAGACAAAAUUCUGUUAAAUCAAAUGAUUCAAAUGAUGAACAACAACAAAUGUCAUUUGGAUAUAUGACACCAAAUGGGUCGUUCACUGUCCCAAAUCCAGGUUUUGCAAAUAGUCAAAAUAUUGAGUUGAGUCCAAUAACUGAAGGUUCUAUAGAUGGGUCACCAUAA